CCCGGACUCCUAUUUGAAACCCACCUUGAGCUCACUUAUCGCAAUCAGGUCAAUCGAGCGAGGAAGACCUCCCACCCGAACAUUGUACCCCAACGGCCGAGUGCCAUAUCAAAAGACUGCAAGAAGGGUGGAACUUCUGCGACAAGUCCCAGGGAACACUGGAGCCAGUAAUUUGUAACGAGGGAUACUACUGCGCCUCAGGAGGCGCGCGGCCAGCUCUGUGUCCGCAGGGCCAUUUCUGCCCCGUGGGGACCGUUACUCCGUUCAAGUGCAGACCCCUCGCGCUGUGUCCGGAAGGGAGCACCCAUCAGCGAGACCUGGUAGGAAUAAUCUUGUGCAUUGUGCUCGAUAUCAUCGUGGUCUUGAUCUGGAUGCGGCGGUUUUCUCUGUCAUCGGACUUGACAAAGUUGUUCCGCUCAUGGAGAAGACGGCGCCACGGAGGACAACAAACUGCAGUCGACAUGUCGUCGCAAGAGGGAACGGGUUCUCCGGACAAAGAACCUGCGCAGCUGUUGAAUUUCCCGUUUUCCUCAGUGGACGACGACGCGUCGACUCCGCCGCUCCAGAUCACCUUUGCCGAUGUAGGCUUCCGGAUCCGAGGUCGAGCGACCGACAUUCUGUCUGGUCUCCAUGGUUCGUGCGAGGCUGGCUCGAUUCUAGGGGUCAUGGGCCCCUCUGGCUCGGGUAAAUCGAGUUUUGUCAACCUCCUGAGCGGGAGGAACGAGGCAAUCACGGGCGAAUUCUACCUGAAUGGUUAUAGAAUGAGAUCCGCAGAAUUGCGAUCACUGAUCGGGUUCGUCCCUCAGGACGAUCUCGUUCUUCCAGAGUUGACCGUCCGAGAAAACCUUCUUCACUCGGCGCGUGUCAUGCUAGGAGGACAGCUGGGUGACCCCGCGUUAGGAGAGUAUGUCGACUCGUUAAUUGUCGCCCUUGGCCUCGCACGAGUGCAAGACCAGAUGGUCGGGAGCGUGGCGCGACGCGGAUUGUCUGGCGGGGAGUGUAAACGAGUGAGUAUCGGACUCGAGCUCGCCGCCGCCCCCAAAGUGUUGAUCCUCGAUGAACCGACAUCGGGUCUCGACGCGACUGCGGCACUCUCCCUCAUGCAGUUGCUGCGUGAGGUCUCUCGCUGCGGAAUCAUGGUCAUCUGUGUGAUCCAUCAGCCUAGGGCGGAGAUCUUCGCCCUCCUGGACAACCUGAUGCUGCUGAAUCUGGGGAAACAGGUCUAUUUUGGGCCGGCUGCGGAGGCGCAGACUUACUUUGAAGCGCUUGGCUAUGGAUUCUCUUCCUUCUCCAAUCCAGCAGAUACCAUCAUGGACAUCCUCCCCAGUCAUGCCUGGGCAGACACCACCCCCUCCUUGUCAGCUGCAAAGGAAGCCAAGUCCUGCACUCCAGUCGCAGACACAUACAACAACACGGCGCUGGACGAAGCAGGUGACGCUCCCCUCCAGGUGCCCGAUAUCCUGCGCUCGCUGCAACAGCGAAGGGCUUCUUGGUCGCGACAAGUCUGGCUGUGCUUCCGCCGUGGCACCGUGCAACAGACCCGACAAACAGCCAGUUUCUGCUUGGAGAUCAUAUCCGCGUCCGUGAUCGGCGUCACGAUCGGCUUGACCAUCUACGAGUUCCACGGCCAUAUGUUCCAAGGCAUCUAUCACCCACCGUUUGAGCUGCUUUCCAGUGCAGUCAACUAUCGCAUGGUAGCUGAACAGGGCCUGCUUGCCUGCUUAGCUAUAGCCUGUGCAGCCGGUCCCCCGGGAGUCAAACUGCUAGGUGAAGAGAAAUUGAUCUUCCGCCGUGAACAACAAACCGGCCACUCCCGCAGCGCCUAUUUUCUGGGCAAGAACCUCUCCGUCUUGCUGCGCAUGUUCCUUGCAUCCUUGCAUUACACCACAUUCUACAUGAUCCUGUCGACCCCGACAAUCUCCUUUGGCCUUCAGCUGGCGAUUAGUUUUUUGUAUUUUUACUGUAUGUACGGUCUAGGCUGCAUCGUGGCCGCCAUCACCCACCGCGAAGAUGGCCCCUUAGUCUGCAUGUUAAGCUGCCUCGUCAUCUCUGCUCUCGGGGGAUGCGCCCCUCGCCUCGCCUUGGUGAAGACGUGGAAUCUAGGGUGGUUCUGGUAUAUGUGGCCUGGGACCUGGCUCUCCGAAGCAUUUUAUAACGAGAAUACUGCGCCGUUCGCCUAUCUUUAUCAGUUGGAUGAUGCGUCGAGGUUUACCGGCUACAAGAAUGGCCGCACGGGGUUUGAUAUCGGGCUGCUGCUGUUGAUUGGGACACUGUAUCGGGUCAUUGCAUAUCCGCUUUUUGUGGCUGUGGGUUGGAGGUAG